GCUGGGCUAGACGGGCGCGCUCUCGGGGGCGGGGUGGGGGGGGGAGACAGUCCGGGUCCCAGCCCUCCGCGCGGGUGGGCUCGGAGCAGGCCGCACCGGGCAGCAACCCCACUCUCACCCCGGAGGCCCCCUGCCCUUUCUCCCCCUUUCCCCCCGGCCCAUGGUGCGAGGCUGGGAGCCGCCGCCCGGGCCGGACUGCGCUAUCUCUGAAGGGCACAAAUCAGAAAGCACCAUGCCUCCUAAUAAAGAGGCCAGCGGUCUUAAUAGCUCCCCUGCGGGGCUCAUCUGUCUCCCUCCAAUCUCUGAGGAGCUACAACUUGUGUGGACCCAAGCAGCCCAGACCAGUGAGCUGGAUGGCAAUGAACACCUGCUACAAACCUUCAGCUACUUUCCCUAUCCCAGUUUAGCAGACAUUGCCCUUCUCUGCCUACGCUAUGGGCUGCAGAUGGAGAAAGUCAAGACUUGGUUCAUGGCCCAGCGCCUCCGCUGUGGCAUUAGCUGGUCAUCCGAAGAAAUUGAAGAGACUCGAGCCCGAGUAGUCUACCAUCGGGACCAACUCCAUUUCAAAUCCCUUCUAUCUUUUACUCAUCAUGCAGGGCGGCCCCCAGAGGAGGUGCCUCCUUCUCCAAUGCCACCUCCAGAACAAGUUGGUCUUGGAAUAGUUCCUCUGACUCUUAGCGAGCCCACCCAGAUGAAAGGAUUGAAGGUAGAGCCCUCAGAGCCCUCGGAGCCACUGAGUCACCAGAAAGCAAAGGAGCCCCUGAUGGCACCUGGCAGUGGGGCAUUCCCCCACCAAUCACAGUUUUGGCAGGAUCUUCAAAGCAGUGGCCUCUCUAAGGAGCAGGCAGGCAAGGGUCCCGACCAGUCACACGGCCUAGGUACUGCUUCCUGCAACCACUCCACAGCUGUCCACCAGCCCCGUGCUCGGGAUAAGCCCCCACCCGUCUCAUUACCUGCCAGUAGUUGUAAGAAGGAGUCAGCAUCUAAUGUGACUCCUCCUUCCUCUACCUCUUCUUCCUCUUUCCAGGUACUGGCUAAUGGAGCUACUGCCACCUCUAAACCCCUCCAGCCACUGGGCUGUAUCCCACAGCCACUGUCACCCAAUGAACAGGCACUACGCCCACAGCUGGAGCCAGCCUGGCCCCAGGGGCUAAGGCAUAACUCAGCACCCGGUAGGGUUGGCCCUGCAGAGUACCUUUCCCCAGAUAUGCAACGCCAGCGAAAGACCAAGCGCAAAACCAAAGAGCAGCUGGCUAUCCUCAAAUCGUUUUUUUUACAGUGCCAGUGGGCACGGCGUGAGGAUUACCAUAAAUUAGAGCAGAUCACUGGUUUACCUCGGCCUGAGAUUAUUCAGUGGUUUGGUGACACACGCUAUGCCUUGAAGCAUGGGCAACUAAAAUGGUUUCGGGACAACGCAGUACCUGGUGCCCCUAGUUUCCAGGAUCCAGCAAUUCCCACACCACCACCUUCAACCCGCUCCUUGAAUGAAUGGGCUGAGACACCACCUCUGCCGAUCCCCCCACCCCCACCGGAUAUACGACCCUUGGAGAGGUACUGGGCAACCCACCAACAGCUACGGGAAAGUGAUAUCCCUCAACUGAGUCAGGCAUCAAGGCUUAGCACCCAGCAGGUACUGGAUUGGUUUGACUCUCGAUUACCUGAGCCAGCUGAAGUGGUGGUUUGUCUAGAUGAAGAGGAGGAAGAGGAGGAGGAAGAACUGCCAGAAGAUGAUGAGGAUGAAGAGGAGGAGGAGGAAGAUGACGACGACGAUGAUGAUGAUGUGAUCAUCCAGGACUGAGGGGGCACUGGGGGAGGGGAGGUCUGUUACUAAAAGACGAACCAACUUAGUAACUGUUUAAACAAAGAAACCACAUUUUUUUACUUACCUUGUGGCAAAGAACUGAAAAGCUUUGUGUUUCUGAGGGUGGGGGACAGCGGGAUGUAGUAAGGGUGGACCAGGGAGGAUGAUCAUGGAGGACAAAGCAAGGUGGGGAUUGGAUGGGCAGAAAUCCAGGCCUCCAGCCUCAAUGAGAAGAGUGCUGUGGGUCUGGUCCAAACUAUGGGGCCGGGAAAAGGCUCUUGCUCUCCUCGUAUCUGCUGUUCUUUCCCCUUAGUGUACUACAGAGAGGCCAAGCUUUGGCCUGCAUCUAUGGAGGACUAGAAAGGAGGAGUAAAGAUUCCAGUACAUCCCCCAGUCCCACCCCACCAUUUUCCUUGGAAUAUAAGGCUGCGUUGCACCCCUUCUUUUCUCUCUGAGCACAAGUCCACACAUAAUGCAGCCAAGAAUCUCGGUAUGUCCCAGUCAAUCACAAAUAUUUCCUUUUCCUUAUACCAGCUUGACUUUAUAUGUUUUCCUGCUGCUUUAUUGAGUCACACAGGGAGCAGAAUAUUUUCAUUUCUAAUACUGGACCACUAUGCCUUGUACCUUUUUAUCUUUCCAAAACCCCCAUUCUGUUCACUAUUUGUCUCAGGGUAAAUCUUCCCCCCGGAGCUUGUGAAAAAGUUUAAUAAUUGGGUGGAGAAUAAUUUAGACUGGAUAUUUAUUGGAGGUGGGAAUUAGGGGAGAUGUCCUUUAAAAAAAGUAGAAUUAGAUUACAGAGGGGUAGAGAGGAGAGGGAAUGGUUUCUACUGUUCGGAAGGACAGUGCAGGUAGGUUCCAGGUUUGGUUUUACAAACUUGACAGUCCCUCCUGCCUAGCUUGACAGAGACUGAUUUUUUUUUUUUCAGAGACUGAUUUUUUUAAUCUUUUUGGUGUUGGUUUAAUGUGUCCAAAAAAGAGACUUUUCCCUCACUUUAUACGAUCUGUCUUGGAGACAGAGGGACCAUGGUCCUUAACUGAAUUAAUUGAUGUUUUAGAAUGGUUUUCAUCAGUUGGGGUCAGAUAUAAAGGUAUCAGUGGGUUAACCAUCUAGAAAUAAAAGAGUGGAAGCCCCAAAUUGCUAGAAUAAUAAUAAAAAGGCCAAAAAUAAAAUUGUUUCUCUCACCUCCGCUUUGCCACUUCUAUGGUUUAGAGAUUAAUGGAGCCAAAUCCAUUAACUUUCUGAUUUAGUAUACUUUUUAUAUAUUUUUGAAGCGGCAGGAUAUACUGAGGUAAAGUAAAAGAACAAAAACUUGAAAAGUUAGUAGAUCAGUAUCUAUCACUAGGCAGACUGUUUUCUGCACCUGCUACAGCACAGGCUCUUGUUCAGAAGAGAGGGAGUUUAGAAAUGCCUUUAAAAUAAAUUCAGUUUCAGAAAGGGUAGUGGGAUCCUAUUCAGUUACAAAGUCAUUCCCAAGACCAAAUUUAUUUCUGGCAGGUGCUAUGUUUACAUUUUUCCAAUAUUUUUGCUUAAGGUAUGCCUACCAGUGGCCUACCCAUUUAAUCCCUCAUUUCUACCGCUUAGUACCCAAAGAAGAAUAAAUGUUUGAUCUCAGUGGUAGUGUUCUUUGCCCAUUCCACCAUUUGAGAGCUUGUAAUACCAAUAGAGUUGCAGCAGCAAUAAAAGGACAUCCUCUUUAUUUCAUUAUCUGUGUACUUUAGUAAGCCUGUGUCUCCAACCGUUACCAAACAGAAAGGAAAAUCAACGUAUUUAAUAGUAACUAGGCACAGAGGAAACAAUAGGCAAAUAGAAAAAGUAUAAUAAAUUAGGGCAAGGAACAGUGUUGUGGCUUGUUAACAUCGGCAGUGGGAGAAUAUAUCCAAAGCUAAAAAGUGAAAUCCAGAAAUAAAACAUGGUUAAUAAGUAUAUCACCCCACCCCCCACCCCCAAUGAUGCCAAGAAUUGUUUUUAUAACCUUGUUUCAAGUUGCAGGAAAUAAGGGAGCUAUCUGUAUCUUGUAGGAGAGAUAUAAACAUCUUCCUGAAGCUCUGACCUGACCAUUUUCGUAGGAAGUAAUACAGGGUGUAUAGGGUUAAGAUUGAGAGAGAGAAGGUACAGAGUGAAACCAGGAAACAAGGUAGGGGUACAUUUUCCAAGGCCAUCACACCUAAAUGAGUAUGAGAUGCUACCAUCCGUCCUUCAGCAGUAUGUAUAGAUCAGAUCUUGAAGAUGGUCUAUCUGGGAGUGUUCCAUGCUUCUCUCCCCCUGGCUAAUCCCAUCUGCCUCUGUUGGUAGAGAUUCUGCAGCACAGGACAGGAAGGCAGUUAAGGGUGUUUGUAACAAAAAGGGCAAGUAAGGCCCUCUCAAGUCAUUAUAUGAAGUUUAUUGUGACAGUAAACCGCUGCUGUUGCUUCGCCAUAGUUUUCUCCAUUUCAUGAAAACUAACUUUUCCAAACUAAGAUUUGAUACAUCUAAUGUGACAAAGGCUUUGUUGCUACUUAUGAAACUGGAGCAUUUCCGUGGUUUAUGGUGAUAAAGCAGAAUAUUUGAAAAUCAAACAGUUUUGGGAAGCCUGGAACAUGACUACCAUACCCAGAGAUGAUUACCAGGGAGGCAGAGUUCUUAGGCCUCUGGGGAAGUGGUACUUUCUUCAAUAAAUCUUUUUCUAACUUUA